AUGCACAAGUUUUUGUUGCUUGUUACAAUUUCUGGUUUAGGGGUGUCUACGCCAAUAACCAAACAAAAAGAAGAUGUGAGAGUUGUGGGUGGCGAAGAUAUUGAUAUUACUGCGGCACCUUAUCAAGUAUCAAUAGUUUAUGCUGGCACACACUUAUGUGGAGCUUCUAUUAUUGCAAAUGAUCUUAUUCUUACUGCAGCUCAUUGCUUCAAGAGCUCGAAUCCCCGUGAUUACUCUAUUAGAGUAGGCUCUUCGUCAAACUUUAAAGGAGGUUUUUUGUACCCAGUUGGUGAUUUACAACUUCACCCGAAAUUUUCAAUGUCGAAUAUGGAUAAUGAUAUAGCACUAAUGUGGCUAUCAAUACCUUUAAAAUUUAGUGCUAGCGUCGCUCCUAUACGAAUGGUUGAACAAGGCGAAGAGAUUAAAGAUGGUGAUAUGACAAUCAUCACUGGCUGGGGAAACUUAAGGGAGGGAGGUGGUUAUCCAUUAUCAUUACAAAUGGUCUCAUUGCCCAUCGUAAAUCCAUCAUUGUGCAAAAAAGCUUAUGAUAAAAUAUAUGUUAUCACACCAGCCAUGUUAUGUGCUGGAAUACCGGAAGGUGGCAAAGAUUCUUGUCAGGGUGACAGUGGAGGACCAUUGGUACAUAAUGGAAGAUUAGCUGGUGUAGUUUCAUGGGGACUAGGUUGUGCUCGACCACGUUAUCCUGGAGUAUACACUAAAAUCUCGGCGCUGAGAAGAUGGAUCGAUCAGAACAGUUACUACUUAAGACAAAAACACCUAAGACCUUGA